GUAAACAUUACAAUUUUCUUUGGUUAUGUGGUGAUUUCUAAAAAUCGCACCCCUUAAAUCCGCAGUUAAAAAUGUGGUUUUCGGUCAAUUUAGGAUUAAUUUGUUUCAAAAAUUGUAACGUCCUUAAGAAUAGUAUCUUGAAAUCCAGUUUAAUUCCAAUUUCCUGCUGUGGUAUCCCUAGAACUCAGGUGCUCUUCAAAAGUUACGACAACAAGAACCUAGGGCAUUCCACCAUACUUUGGCAGGAUGGCUCUGAUAUGCAAGAAUUACCCGUCAUAGUCCGGAAAAUUCGUGGAGCGGAAGUAUUUAUGCUGUAUGAUAUAGAUGGCAAAUCAUCUAGUGGCAAACAUCCAAAACAAGACUCACCUCCAACUAGCAGUGGCUCAGCGGAACAUAUGCGCAAACCACAAUAUUCAAUGGGGGAGCAUACUUUUAAAGUCUCCAUGGAUCUAUUUGAGCUGAACAGGGACCGUCUGGUGAAAGAGCUCAAAAAAGACGGGAAGUGCCCAGAAAAUUCUGUCAUUGUUAUGAAAGGAGGAUCAGGUGUUAGCCUUUAUGAUACAGACAUUGAGUAUCUAUUCAGACAGGAAGGCUAUUUUCAUUGGGCAUUUGGUGUUGAAGAGCCAGACUUUUAUGCAGCAAUAGAGGUGAAUACAGGGAAGUCGCACCUUUUUGCACCGAGAUUACCAGCCGAGUACAGUGUGUGGAUGGGCCCUCUUCUUACCUUGGAGGAUUUCAAAAACAGAUACAAAGUGAACGAAACUCAUUUUGUGGAUGAGCUAAGCACCGUUCUGAAAAGUAUGAAUCCAUCAGUAUUACUAGUAUUGGCUGGAGAAAAUUCAGAUAGUAAAUUAAAAUUCGCUAAUAUUCCUGAUUUCGAAGGCAUGGAAAGUUUCAACAUUGAUAAUGAAAUUUUAUUUCCGGUGAUGGCUGAGCUACGUGUAGUCAAAACCGACAUGGAAAUUGAUGUUUUGAGGUAUAUAUGCAGGAUUUCAUCCGAAGCCCAUCGAAUGGUGAUGACCAAGGUUCGCCCAGAUAUGUACGAGUAUCAGGCAGAGGCAAUAUUUUUACAAUACGUGUAUUUUGUUGGUGGCAGUCGGCACACAGCCUAUACCUGUAUCUGUGGCUCUGGGCCUAAUUCCGGAGUUUUGCACUACGGUCAUGCUGCAGCACCAAACAGGAAACAAAUCAAGGAUGGAGACAUGCUUUUAUUUGAUAUGGGUGCUUCUUAUUACGGGUAUGCAUCGGAUAUCACCUGCUCCUUUCCAGCCAAUGGCAAAUUCACUGAAGAUCAGAAACUAAUAUACAAUGCUGUCUUGGCUUCUAAUCGAGCCGUGCAGAAAGCAGCAAAGCCAGGAGUCAGUUGGGUGGACAUGCACAAAUUAGCCAAUGAAGUAUUAUUAACCAAGCUUGUUGAAAUGAAGCUACUGAAAGGAAAUGUUACAGAAAUGAUGGAGGCUAAUAUGGGAGGAAUAUUUCAGCCUCACGGCCUGGGUCAUCUGAUAGGGAUUGAAGUUCACGAUGUUGGCGGUUACCUGCCAGGAACUCCUGAGCGACCAACACAACCCGGUCUUUCAUCAUUGCGGACAGCUCGCAUUUUGCAAAAGGGCAUGUACAUGACCAUCGAACCUGGCUGUUACUUUAUUGACAUUAAACUUGAUUCUGCUCUCGCUGACCCGAAGCUGAAAGAUUUCUUCAAUGUGGAGGUAUUGGAGAGGUUCAGAGGAUUCGGAGGUGUGCGUAUAGAGGAUGAUGUUCUUAUUACCGAGGAUGGCUGUGAAAACUUUACCGAAGUGCCAAGAACUGUGGAAGAAAUUGAAAAACUAAUGGCUGACAGUCAUAAUGCCGUACCAUAUCCCACGCCCAGUGGACAACCAAAAUUUUAAUUAUGUUAUCUUCAAAAAAAUCAUAUUUUUCUAAAACCAAUUUUUAUCUAACAUUUACAAUCGUAGUAUCAGAAACUUGUCCACCUACAUGAAUAGUCUAUUGCUCACAUUCCUAGUUUUAAGCUUUCUUGUUCAUUCUAUGAAAACUUUUAAUUCAGUUUCUUCCAUUUCAAAACCAUAUUAUACCCAAUACCCAUGUACAUUUUGUCUAUGGGCCAAUUUUCAUACAAUCUCAACGCUUUUGCAAGUUAUAAAUAUGUACAAUGGGCCACUAAAGAAGGUCUGAACUGAAUAGAAACGUCACGUGUUUUCACUUCCAAAUCUUAUGUAGAGAACGAUUCUUACAUCGGGAAUAUAGGUAAUCAACCGCUGGAAGAAGUACUAACAAGUAUUCCUCACACAGAUCAAGUAGAAAGGAGAUACUACAAAUGAUGUAAUUUUAUUUUUUCCAUUAAACUAUGUUAACGAUAAAUACUUAUAUUUUGUUUAGGAGUUGAUUUUCAGACUUCCCAUUGUAAGAUUCGAUUUCCUCGAGAACUUUCAAAGAAACAACAGGUAGUUUCAUAACGCAAUUCAUACCUUGUACAGAGGCUCAUUCAACAAAUAAAAAGAUGUCAGGAGUUUUAGUUAAAAUAUCUUUAUUUCUGCGGCCUUGUGUAGUUAAAACAUUGUAGCACUCCAUAACAUGCUUUUAAAUGAUUGCUCUGAAUAUUCUCAAAAUUUUGAUCGAAAAACAUUGGCUUUCCUCUUAAACUUUUCAAUACUGUGCUCUUAUUAUUGACAUCAGCUUCAGUAAUAUUUUCUUGACCUUCAAUCGAUAAAUUUUAAAAAUCCUUCAACAAUCAUUGAAUUUCUAUACUUCUGUUGCAUGGAAAUGUAUAUGCAAAUCGAGCUGUUUGAUCUCAAAAGCAAAUCCAAUGAUUGAGUAUCAACGUAUAUCUACUCAUACAAUAAGCAUGGAGUAGAUAAAGUAUUUUCCUGUUUAUUUCUCAUUAUUCAAGUAAGAUGACAGUGCCUUUUUCAUGUUCUAUCUUUACCAAUAAAGGAUGGACACUCCUGUGAUCUCUGAAUGUAGGACUCUAAUUUAUUGCUCUUCUGCUUCAUAACUUGUCUUGAGCAGUAUCAAUAUUUGCUCAUUUAGUAUUUGAACUGAUUAGGGUAAGCUUUGGGUCAGUUGAUCAUGAUACAAUAUACUUUUUUGAUAGUUGCUUUCAAUAGGUUAACAAAAAAUAAUGAAAUCUGUAUUAUCACCAAGUUUGAAGCAUCGCUAUUAAUCGAAAGAUGGUUGUUGGAAAGACAUAGUAGAUUACAGCAUACUUCGUAAGAUUUUUUUCUUCUUUGGAAAGUAUCUCCAUUAAUACUUGAUAUAUUUUAAAAUAUUUCAAUGGUCGAAGUGCCAAACCACGUAUCUUUGUUUACAACAUUGCUGACUUCCUAUCACAUUUAAUUUUCUCCUUUGGAGUAUUGGUAAACGUUAUUUUUUCAUGACUGCCUUGAUUCUUUUUCCUCUUAGAAGAAUACGCUGUAUAAGUUUCAAGCCAUAAAGUUAGCUUCUUUAGGAAAAAAUAAAAUUGAUAGAGAAAUUUUGAAACAUCGCAAUAGAGGUACGUGGUUUCCGACUAAGGCCAUCAAUUUGUGGUACAAACAGAAAAACUCCCUGUGGUUCAAUAUCAGUUCGUAUUGAAAAAGAAUGUGAAGCUAAAACUACCUUAGUGUGAUAUCUGUAAGAGACUCCAUGUUUCAAUUUUUUUAAUCACAGCUUUUAAUAAGCCCAGCUGGAAAAAAGAAGGGUUCGCAAGAUACCUCAUGAAGUUCAGAAAGUUUCAUUCAUACGGGUCUUCAAUUUUUAGCAGUCAUACUUGAGGCAAGUUUACAAUAACGGUGCUACUUAAGAUUUAAGCCAAAGAAAAUAAAACGUGUAUGAACUGAAAUCCGGGUGGUCAUUCCAAUAAAUGUAUUAUUGAUUGA